AUGCGUCCUUUGCUUCAUGGGCGUGUCUAUACAGCGCUGUUCACAGCACUCUCCAGCUCUCGUUCUUAUGCGCUUUUAGCUCGUAUCCCUUUCGAUACUCAUCUUGUACUGUCGUACCAGGAUCAUCAACGUAAAUCAUCAGGAGUGAAUUUCAGCACUAUUUGUCCUAAUGGAGGGUCCUUUAUCAAAAUGGACAAAUAUGGUACAUGGUUGGCAGUAUCGAUGGUUUCGUUUGGAGGAAGAUGCCCUGCUCUACUACACAUCCAGGGAGAAGAUGUUGAAAGGGCAGCAACGGGGUCAGCUUAUUCUUUAACUGGCUGUGCCACCAUCUGUCAUUAUUUCUUCAUGAUUUUGUUUUCCGACAGUUUCUAA